GCGGGGUGCCUCGGCGACGGCGCGGAGCCGGCUCUGCCCGCGCGGUGGCCCGGGGUGGGCGCCAGGGCGUCUCACGGAUCCCGGGUCCCCGGCCCUCGAGGCGAAGCGCCCGCGGGGUCCGCGGCGGGGGCAGUGCCCGGCCAGCCAUGAGCUCUCCGCCGCCCGCCCGCAAGGGCUUUUACCGUCAGGAGGUGAACAAGACGGCCUGGGAGGUGCGCGCCGUGUAUCAGGACCUGCAGCCCGUAGGCUCGGGCGCCUAUGGCGCCGUGUGCUCGGCGGUGGACAGCCGCACGGGCGCCAAGGUGGCCAUAAAGAAGCUGUACCGGCCCUUCCAGUCCGAGCUGUUCGCCAAGCGCGCCUACCGCGAGCUGCGCCUGCUCAAGCACAUGCGCCAUGAGAACGUAAUUGGGCUGCUGGAUGUGUUCACACCCAAUGAGACCCUGGAUGAUUUCACAGACUUUUACCUGGUGAUGCCGUUCAUGGGCACCGACCUGGGGAAGCUCAUGAAGCACCAGAAGCUGAGUGAGGACCGAAUCCAGUUCCUCGUCUACCAGAUGCUCAAGGGGCUGAAGUACAUCCAUGCUGCUGGCAUCAUCCACAGGGACCUGAAGCCUGGCAACCUGGCCGUGAGCGAGGACUGUGAGCUCAAGAUCCUGGACUUUGGCCUGGCCCGGCAGGCAGAUAGCGAGAUGACUGGAUACGUGGUGACCCGGUGGUACCGGGCGCCUGAGGUCAUCUUGAAUUGGAUGCACUAUACACAGACGGUGGACAUCUGGUCAGUGGGCUGCAUCAUGGCUGAGAUGAUCACAGGGAAGGCGCUCUUCAAAGGCAGCGACCACCUGGACCAGCUGAAGGAGAUCAUGAAGGUGACAGGGACGCCCCCCGCCGAGUUCGUGCAGAGGCUGCAGAGCGCCGAGGCUCAGAACUACAUGAAGGGCCUCCCCGAGCUAGAGAAAAAGGAUUUUGCCGCCAUCCUGACCAACGCGAGCCCUCUGGCUGUGAACCUCCUGGAGAAAAUGCUGGUGCUGGAUGCGGAGCGGCGGGUGACGGCGGCCAAGGCGCUGACCCACCCCUACUUCGAGGCGCUGCACGACACAGAGGACGAGCCCAAGGCCCAACAGUACGAUGAAUCCUUUGAUGACGUGGACCGCACGCUGGACGAGUGGAAGCGCUGGUCAGAGGGGAGGCAGAGCAGCACCCCCUCCUUUGGGACAGCCUGCUCUGGGCAUGGUACGGGGAACACGAGCACCGGUGAGGAGGCUGGAGACUGCAGGUGUCACAUAUAGAGAGGUGCUCAGCUUCAAGCCUCCCCGACAGCUGGGGGCCAAGGUCUCCAAGGAGACCGCCCUGUGAAUAGCCCUGGGCCCUGGGCCUGGAAGGGAGAUCCUGUUUGCCACUGGGACCUUGGCUGGGGCUUGCAUCCCAGGAGUCCCCUCGUUCCAUGGAGCCUCUUCUGGAAGCCCGUUCCCCUGCUCUCAGACCCCACCUCAGCCUAACCUUGGAGGAGCAUCUGGACUUUCUGGACAGGACGCCCACCUGGCCUGGGCCUGGGCUCUGACCCCCUGAGCAGUGGUCCCCUCCCCCAGGGUGCAGCAGAAGCCUCAGAACCUGUGGGGUGGGAUGGGGUUUGGGGUCAAAGCCUAGUCUCUGACCCUGCCUGCUCUGGACUGUGCUGAAAAGGAAGGACGGGAGGGUGCAGAGCACUGACUCAGGGACAUGUCUCCUGGGGGCAUUGGUGUGGACGCUCCUGCACCACCUCCCUUAAAUGUACAUUGUGUGGCCACACGGCUGGAGGAAGUAAACCCUUUUGUAG